AUGAGAGUGCCCCCCAAGGUUCGGAUGCUAGUCUGGAGAGCCCUGAUGAAUAUUUUUCCCACGCAGCAAAAUCUGGCGCAACGACGUGUUCAUGCGGCUUCUGGGGGUUGUGUGUUCUGUGGUGAGUUGGAAACGGUUGGGCAUGCUCUGGUUUGGUGCUCUACAGCCCAACGUUUUUGGCCCCUCUUUCCCUUUCCUAUUUCUGGUCAUGCUUCUGUGACGGGUGACAUCAAGGAGUGGUUCCAAGUCUUGGCGGCUGACAGGUCUAGUUCCCAGCCUGAACAGAUCAUGAUGGGUCUCUGGUCUGUGUGGCAUACGCGCAACUUGCGGGUUUGGAAUGGGCAAGGGCGAAGUCCGGAGGAAUCGCUCAACUGUGCUAUGUGUACAUUGCAUGAUUUUCAGGCCAAUAAUGGUCUGCCCCGACCUGGUGUGCUGCGAGCGAAAGUCCAUUGGCAACGCCCUCCGAUGGGUACCAUUAAGAUAAACAUGGAUGGGGCUUUUCGAGCGGCUGGAGGUUUGAGUGGCUUUGGCCUGGUGGCUCGUGAUCACAAUGGCAGUUUUUUGGGAUGCAAGAUGGGUCGGUUUCAUGGGGUGUCGAGUCCUUUGCAUGCUGAGCUGCUGGCGUUGCGGGAGGGUCUGCGGUUUACGGCAAAGUGGCCAGAUAUUUGCAUCUGUCUUGAGAGUGAUGCACAGGGGAUGAUCAAUACUGUUCUUAGUCGUGGAGUGGAUCUCUCUCCCCUUGGCUGCUUGAUUGAAGAUUUUCAAGAGCUUUUGCAUGCUGCAGGACGUGUUUCUGUUGUGCAUGGUUUUCGUGAAGUUAAUGGUGUGGCUGACCGCCUAGCUCACUAUGUGCUAUCAUCCCAUGUAUCUGAUGCUGAGGUCGAAUGGUGGGAUUCCCCCUGUUUGGCUCUCUGA